CUCACUGUCAAUUCGAGAGCUGCGACGAGUACGCUCGCGUCUAUUACGUGGUGUGUUUACGUGAAGUGGAUUCUGUGGUGAGAUUAUCGAAUGUCGUAAAGUGAAAGAUAGUGUUGUUUGGUCAAGUGCAACUUAUGUGUUCGAAAGAUUUUAUAUGGUGUAAUUGAAGUGAAUCAAAAUGUGUGAAGCACCGUGGUGUGCAAAAUUGAUUUUUGCCACGUAGUGACGCGAACGGGUGAAUGAUUCCUAAUGUGGAGUUCGAAGCAAGAUGGUUAGAGAGACUCGGCACCUGUGGGUUGGAAAUUUACCCGAUAACAUUCGCGAGGAUCGAAUAAGGGAGCACUUCAAACGCUAUGGCCGAGUCCAGAAUGUCAAGUUGCUGGGUCGAACGGAGAACGCAAGCGCGCUGGCGGGCGGGAGCGCGAUUAGUGGGUGCGGUAUUUGUGCCACGGUGGCCUUUAUGGACAUUAAGUCCGCAUCGAAGGCCCACAACGCGGAGCACGUGCUUGACGACCGCACCCUUACCACCGAGUACUACGAGCCGGCCGCGAUACCGACGGCGGCCGGAGCGCCCUCGGCCGGCUCGUCACCCGCCGGCUCCGGAUACUCGGGUUCUUCGUCCUCCGUGAAUUCAGCGCCUAACCCACCCUCCACUUCGCGGUACCAUCUAUCGGGCGGCGAAGAUAGCACUAGCAACCCGUGUGCGAUUGUGGCGACGGCGGCUGCCCCGGCGAACUGGCGGGGCACCAACGACAGCGCCACCGACUACUGCCGGCGCGGCAACACGCCAGUCACUUACGGCAGGUACCAGCGGAAAAAUUCUACCGCGCCCUACAACACGCCUCCCUCUAACGUUGAAAGGACGACACCUCACCACCGAUGGUACGCGAGCGGGGAGCGCACUGGCGGCGGCGGCGAGAGCACGCCCAGCACGCCGGGCGGCGCCGACAGCGGGCGGCGGCGGCGCGCGUCCGGCUCCGGCUCGUCGCGCUCCGAGUCCAGCUCGCCCGAGCCCUCCGACACCUCGCGCGCCUCCACGCCCGCGCAGCCGCCGCCGCACACGCCGCACCACAACGCGCACCGCACGCCGCCCGGCUUACAACACCAGUGGGCGUCGACUGCAAGCGGGAGACCUCUGGCCAUUUGUGUCCGAAAUCUUCCGACAAGGUCGACGGAUAGUUCCCUUAAAGAUGGUCUCUACCACGAGUACAAGAAACAUGGGAAGGUUGUGUGGGUGAAGGUGGUCGGUCAGAACGCCGACCGAUACGCAGUGGUCCGUUUUAAGAAACCGUCCGACGUAGAGAAGGCACUCGAAGUGUCUCAAGAUAAGCUUUUUUUUGGGUGUAAGAUCUCAGUGGCACCUCACCAAAGUUGCGAUGAAGAUGCGGAUUCGGCCAAACCUUACGAGACUGAUAUUGAUGAAUACCAUCCGAAGGCGACUAGGACGUUAUUUAUUGGUAAUUUAGAAAAAGAUGUAACGCAACAACAAUUGAGAGACAAAUUCAAACACUUCGGACGAAUAAUAGAAAUCGAUAUCAAGAAAGGGAGCGGCGGAGGCGCGGGCUACGCGUUCUGUCAGUACGCGUCAAUAUCGAGCGUGGUGGAGGCCAUCCGUGCCAUGGACGGCGAGUACGUGGGCGGCUCGCGGGUCAAGCUGGGCUUCGGCAAGCCCGUCGCCACCACGUGCGUGUGGGUCGACGGGCUCACGGAGCACACGGAGAAACAGGUGCUAGGCGCGGUGUCGCGGUGCGGCGCGGCGACGUCGGUGUGCGUGGACCGCGCGGCGGGCGCGGCGCUGGUGCACUUCGAGCAGGCCGCGGCCGCCGGCGCCGCCGUGCGCGAGCUGCGCCGCGUCGCCGCGCAGGCCUCCGCCGCCGAGCCUGACCAUCCGCGUCUUUGCGUCGACUACGCGUCCCGAGAGUGCCAGGAUGCGUUUUACGAGCAGUUGGAGAAACAUGGCGGUUCAGCGGCGCUGUCUGGCACCGAGAGACUGAGUGGCGAUGUAGCCACGCGAUACACGUCGACACGUCACGAUCCGCUACGAUACGAGAGCUGCGGCUCGCGGUCGAGGGCAUCGAGUUAUGGGCGCGGCUCGUCGCGGACGCCGCGCUAUUCCACGCUGGAGCACUAUGAUUCGUCGGAGUACGCGACGGAUCGACGAUACAGGGUAUAUGAUGAAGUCGGUUCCAGUCCUCAGACGGAAGAUGCACCUUACGAAGACAGACUACAGUCGGUAGUCGUCUCGCCGCAUCGAGCGCGGAAACACCGCCGCGACUCGAGCCCAGAGGAUAGAAAACAUUCUAAGGAACGGCAUCGAAGCGCGAGCGGAACGACACGGCGGUCAAGAUCGGGGUCGCGCAGCGGGGUCGGGCUCCCGGGCACCGAGCGGCACGGCACGCGGCGGCGGCACCGGCGGCGGCGCGACGGCUCCUCGUCGCGCGGCUCCCGCGCCGGCACGCCGCUGCGCGACGAGCCCGACGCCGCGCCCGCCGAGCCGCGCCGGCCGCCGCGCGAGCGCCCGCCGCUGCCCAUGUCGCUGCCGCUGCCCAAGUUCGCCGCGCAGCUGCUGCGCUCCGCCGCGCCCGCGCCGCGCCCCUCGCCCGCGCCCGCGCCGCAGCCCGCCUCGCCGCCGCGCCCGCCCUCCGCCUCCUCCUCCAGCGGCGGCGAGGCGGCCGUCGAGCCCUCGCUCGAGGAGCGCAUCCGCAGCCUCGACGAGAAGUACGAGAAGUGGAGCGGCUGUCGCGCGGGGGCCGACGCGCCCGACCGCUCGCGGCUCCGGCACCGCCUGCUCGACGUCGACAUCAACGAGGUGAAGCCCUCGGACGUGGUGCGCUCGCUGCUGGCCAAGCGCUCCGUGUUCGACGAGGACUCCGAGAGGCUCGAGGGCGCGGUGCGCGCGCCCAGCCCGGCCUCCAGCCCGCGAGCGCGCGCGCCGCCGGUGGUGCCGCGCGCGCUGCGCUACCCCUUCCCGGUGCACCCGCCGCCGGCGCCCACCGGCCCGGCGGCGGCGCCCGAGCCCGACUCGGACGCGGCCGACCGCCCCGCGGAUCCCCGGCUGAACAGGCCCGAGAGGACCUAUCAGCCGGAAAGAUUAGGAAAGUUCAACGAGAGUGAUUACAAGCUCGAGUCGAGGAUCCGACUCGGGACACCCUCGACGGAUAAGCCUCAAUCUGAUGCGAACGAUAGGAAACCUUCGCCGAAGGCGGACCCGGACCGAACCGAUCUCGAUGGAGAAUCCUGGAAAGACGUUGACCGAAGAAAACGAGAUUUCCUCUUCUCCACGAGGGAAAUAGAAAGAAAACUAUCCGUUGAUCUGGAUCAGGAUGUCAAAGAAGGCUUAGAAAAAAUUGUACACGACUAUGAAAAUAAAACGGAGAAGAGUGUAAUAUCUGAUACACAAAUAACCGAAAACUCGGAAAUGAGCGGGGACAAACCGUUGAUCAAUAGGAAACUUGAUCAUGUGGAUGAUAUCAAGGUCAAGCGAUCUGAUAGUUCCAAUCUUGGCGAGGUUUCUAACUUAUCAAACGCAUCAGAUAAAAAUAGUGUUUCAUUAGAUGAACUAUCUGACAAGAAACCAAAGCUAGUUGAUAUAAUCCCAGAGAAAUUCGAAUUUAAAAUAAAGACGGAAUCAACAAUAGAAAAAGAAAUUCGAACAAGUUUAGAAAACGAAAGUAAAGUGGUUGAUAUACUUUUCCCACUUAAGACAGAGAGUGAAGUUAAAAAGGAAACUCCUAUAUCUAAUCAUAUUAAAAUAGAAGUAUUAGAAGUUGAAGUUCCACAAAGUAACCAUUUGAACAAUUUAAAUCACUUCUCAGAUCUAAGUCAUGAGCUUAUCAAAGCAACUGAAAAGAAUGGAAAAGAAAGAUAUAAUCAAAACAUAAUUUUUGAAGCUAUGCAGAAUAACAAAAAAAUUGAAAAAGAAAAUAUUGAAUUUGACAAAUGUUUUGAAAAGGAAAAAUACGGCGUUAAUUCGUUUUUUUCUGAAGUAACUAAAGUCGCAGAUAUUGAAAAAACUGUUGAAGACCGCGUGAAAACUGAACGUGACAAAACACGUCAUAAAGACCGGUCAGAAAAAUACGAACACGGCAGAGAUAAAAUAAAGAAUAAUAGAAAUGAGAGAGGUUUGGAGAAACAUGAUAAGGAUAAAAAAACUAAAGAUGACAGUUGCAUCGAUAAACAACAUGCUGAUAAAGUGAAAGUAGAGAAAGACGGAGAAAAAAUUGUCAGAGAUAAAAAUGAUAAAGAAUCCGAAAAAUUUAAGCAUCAUGAAGAAAAAUCCUCUCGGCAUGACCAUCAUAAAAAAGAUAAACAUGAAAAAGAAAGGAAAAAAGAGUGCGUGGAGAUAGAUGUUUUUGCUAAAUCAAAAAAAGACGACAAGAGUAAAUACGAUAGGCCCAAGAAAGACGGAGAUAUAAAACGAGACAUUAAAAAAGAAACUGACACUAAAAUGCGAAAAUCGUCCAGGGAUGAGUCUUCCCGAGAUUUAUGUCGCAAGGAUUCAACUGACUCGUCAACGUCAAGAGCUUCACAAGAGUCAACGAAACUCAAAGAGUCUGAUAGCAAUGAUAAUAAAGAUGAAACAAAAACCAAAUCAAAACUUCAUAAUGAUUUGACAUCAAAACAUAAGUCUGACAAAGAGAUGACACUAAAGUUUAUUGAUCCUUUAAAGCUCAAUCCAACUGUUAAACUAAAAGCUACUGAUAUAAAGGAAGAAAAAAUUACCAUCUUAGAGCAAUCUGUAAUAACCGAAAAUUCCAUGGAAACCAUGUUUAAGAGCAAGCCAGAAAUAACUGAAAAACAGCGACAUUAUUCUCUCGAUUCACCUGGUUUUGAUGCAAAACGAAAGGAGCGUCUGAAUUCCUGUUCUAGUUUACCCUCUCAACUUGGACAUAAACGCCGGAUGUCAUCACAGGAUACAUUUGAUUUUCUUAACGAAGAUAAUAAAAAAAGUAAAAACGAGAAUAAAGGUCCCGAACGAAGGGACUCUAAGGAUUCAUCACGAAAUGCGGAUCGACAUAAAACGACUAAAUUUAACAAAGGCUAUUUUGCCAAGAUUAUUGAAAGUAAAACAAAAGAUGACAAAAAAACUCAAGUAAAACCACCUGAUGAAGAAUGGAAAGAAAACAGUGAUAUAAAAGAUCAAAAACAACAAGAGAAACCAAAACCACAACGAAAGAGUCCAAAGGGAGAUAGUGAAGAAAAACUCAAUAACAGCUCCGAUACUCAACCUGAAGGUUUACACAAUGACCUGGAUUUUCUUGCUACAUUAGAACUUAGAUCAAGUGAAGAAGAUGAGAAACAAAAAGCUCUUCGAAAAGAAAUGAAAGAAAAGAAACGCAUUCAACAAUUACAACAAAUUCAGGAACUCGAAAAGAUGAAGCAACAAGAUGGAUUACAACUUGGGGAUAAAAACAAAGAUGACAAAAAGCAAAAACACGACGAAAAGAAAAAGGAAGCUGCUCGUGAAAAACGAAUGUCUACUGAUCGUAAAAGCAGAGACGACAAAACUGAUAAUCAAAAGCGGAAAAAUCGUAAACUAACACAGAGCACAGAUACUUCGGAUUCUGAUGAACCCAAGAAACAUUCAAUAUUUGACAUUGUUGAUGAAGGACCAACCUACAUAUCGAUGUACGACAAAGUGAAAGCACGCUCGUGCAAAAAUAUGCAAAAACAAGAAGAAGAAAAGCGACAAGAAAAGAUCAAAGCCAAGUUUAGCCAAUUAAAGCAAAGUCGCGCCAAACGAGAGGAAAAGAAGAGAUCAAGUUGGGAUGAAGACAGUGACUCUGAACAUGAUGGUGGAAGGAGAAGACAGCAAAAACUUUCUAUGGACAGUUCCUCUGAAGAAGAACAGGUCGAUUUUCAAAGUAAGAAGCGCGAGAAAUCGCGAUCUUUUGAUUAUGAUCGUAAACAAGUUUGUGAAUUUUUAAAUAUGCCUAGUACUGAAGAAGACGCGCAAAACAAACUGUCCCGUAAAAACUCGAGAUCACGUAUUAUGUCAGACACAUCAGAUGACGAAAUGUCUAAGAUGAGAAGUGUUAGUAAAAGUCCAAAUUUCCACAACGAAGUUAAAAAAGAGCGCCUGUCUGACUCAGAGUUACUUAAUAGUAGGAAAGACGAAAAUGUAACUGUAGUCGAAUCGAGCUAUGAUAAAAUAAAGAAAACCUCAUUAGUUCAACUAUUUGGCAAGAGUGAUAGUGACGACAGUAAAUUGAAAUCUAGUUUAGGGACUGAAAACGAGUAUAAACCGUUUUUUGCUCCCAAUUGUAAUGAUCUCUCUUCGGAAAGCGAGUCGAUGGCAUUGCACAGGCAUUCUGGAGAAGUCCGUAAAAAACAUAAAAAACGUCAAAAGAAACACAAAUUCUCUUUUUCCGACGAUGAAACAAAAGGUGAAAAUAAUGACGGUAGUUCUAAACACAGACAUUCGGAUAAAGUUCGACGUCAUAGCAAUAAAAAGGAGAAAAGGAAAGACAAAAUUCGCGACAGCAUUGAUGGUGAUGAAAGUCGCGACGACAAAAAUAAAUCUAGAAGGAAUAAAACUUCGCUCAACAACUUUUCUGAUAUAAUAUCAGAUGGCACAUCAAAUAAUACUAAGAAAGAAGGCAAAAUGGAAGAUAUUUUUGGCCCAUUGUCUGAUGAAUCGGACAAAGAGUCGAAAGGAAAUAUACAUAAACAGAACUCUUUACUACAUGACUAUGACAGCACCAUGUCCGUGUCCAAUGACAAUGUGAACAAGCUAACAUCUGAUGAGACAAGACAAAGAGAAAAGGAUGAAGUAAAACGCAAGCGAGACAAAAAACGAAAGGAAAAACGAUAUUUUUCGAAAGAAGAUGAGAACAGUUUGGAUGUGGAUGCUGUCAGUAAAGCUAUUGAAGCGAGGCUAUUUGCAGAUGCAGUAAAUGAUGAAGAUACUUGCAUCCGAGCAGCGUCGCCCUUGGAAAGCGUAUCUAAGAAUGAACGACAUGACGUAAACUACAUGGAUGAAGACUUAGUAAUCGAAACGGGCAUUAGUGAAGGUACUGAUAAUAUUAAACGAGAUUCUAGAGAAAAGAAAAAGAAAAAGAAGAGAAGCAAAGAAGAACGUCAAAUUAGAAAAGAACAUCAUUUGUUUCACAAUCAUAACAAAAUUGAAAAGUCAGAUCAAAUUAUGUGCGUUAAUUCAACCAUAACAUUAUCACCGAAAACGUUAUCUGAGAUUCCUAUGCCAAGCGACCCAGAAUCGACAUCAGCUACCAACAAAUCUGAUGACUGUGUUCUGUCUGAAACACAUAGUUUGCCGAGGCUGUCAGACAGCCCAGUAAUUGUAAUUCAACCAGAUGAUAAUGCUGAUACAAAAAACAGUAGCUCUACUUGCGACGAAAUAAAACUGAUGUCUAAUGAUUUCCCCACCAUAGAAAUUGAUAAAAUUCCAAUGCCAGCGUCUAUUGAACCAAUGGAUCAAGAUAUUGGCGAAAUACCUUUACCUGAAGAUCCGGAACCCGUUAAACAUAUAAAUAAAUCCGAUAACGUAAGUCCUUCCUCUACACCCAUAGAAACCGACGACGUCAGUGAAGAUGCUGUGCGAAGUAUUUCCAAUUUAGAAAGAGAACCUGACAAGAACAACGACAAGACAGAUGUGCUUGCUUGUCCAGUUGAAGAGAAAGUUACCGAGAAGCCCAGGGCUAUUAUUUCUCAAGAAGAAACUGCCGAUGCUGUUGCAGCACUAUUAGGAGAGAGCUUUGGAGAAAAAGAAAAUUCAUUUACUUAUGAAGAAAACGAAAAUAACUCUACACAUCAAAUUGAAAUUGAAAGUUCUAAUAUGGAAAGUGAAAAUAUACCCGAAGAAGAUGCAGAAGAAAUGAGACAAGCUGUCCAAAACUUAAAUGCCAGCGAAAUGGAGAAACCUGAUACACCUGUUUCUGACAAUGAUCUCAACGACCUUUUAAUCGACACUGACACGGAGGAAGCCGAGGAAACUCCACAAGACGCUAUCGAGAGGUUACCAGUGAAUAUAAUUGCAACGAAUCAAUCCCUAAAUGCCAAAACCGCUCAGGCAACAGUUACGACUGGUGUUACUUCUGCGACUUCUAAUGUAAUCAUUUCUAAACCAAUGCAGACUAUGCCUGUUUCAGAACCAAACGAAAGCAAGGUCAAAGCAAGCGAAGCCGAUAAUAAAUACCCACAAGUAAAAAGAGAACUUACCCAUCAAAUGACGUCUACGGCUACUCCUGUGAUAACAUCUUGGACACUGACAAAUAAUAAACUGAUUGAACCACAUAUUUUAAAUAUACAGCCAAAUAAAAUCGUGGGAAGAGAUGUAAAUGAAAACAAACCUCGCCAUAUAACAGCUAACAUAGUGCAAAUAAAAGCUCCACAUAGCCAGAAUUUACAAAUCAACAACACAAGACCAAUCAUUUCUACUAACAGAAUGAGUGCUCCAUAUCAAGUAAUUAAUCAUGUGAUUCGUCCUCAGACAAAUAUGCAACCACCUACAAUAAAAAUACCAGAACCCCAUAUAUUAUAUCAGAAGCCGCAAGGUAUAGUCAUAUCACCUCGACUAUCAAAUGAUCCUCGUCUGCAAAGUCCGAAGGCGAGUCCACAAGGCCGAGAUGGCAUGACAUCGCCACGACUCGCAAAUAUGACGAUUUUGAGUACUUCUCCCCAGAACUUAAAUGUUGGGAUGGCAUCUCCUAAUACAUUACAGCAAAGAUCUCCAGGUCAAGUCACUGUAGUACGAAUGCAACAACCACCUUUAAGUCCCAUUCAGGGAGUGCACAUACAACAUGGUGCUCGCGCAAUGGUCUCGCCUAACCGACCUAACUCUGUGUUAGUACAAACUCAAGGAGCCCCAAUACAUUUCAACCGAUUACCUGUCACGCCAGUGUUAGCACCAAUUUCCAAACAAAUAAAUGUAAACAAUAUUGUUGGCCAUAAUAAAGCUAUUGGAGUUAACACAUCUACGUUGCUUCAUCAACAUAAAAUUUUUGCAGAAGAUGGAAAAUGCGAUCAAAGAACUGGAUCCGAUCAUAGCAAUACGAAAAUUAUUUUAUCUCCUACAAAUUUACCACCGAGCACUAAUCCUACAGUAAUGGCCCAGAAUCGUCUUAUAUCAAUGCAAAAUAUGCAUGGUGCAACUAUGAAUUCACCCUUAAAUAUUUCUAACAAUAAAGGAAUUAUCACCAAUGUGAAUCAUAUGUCUGAAAAGCGAGAAAAUUCAACGCAGAAAGUAGAUCAACAUAAUCACGUGUCAUUUGGAACAACUCCGGUUUUACACGUCAGUGGAAUAAAUCAUACAUCAGCGUCUAUAAUUCAGAAUCCGUCGAAAUCAGUGAUGUGUACACUUCAAGAAACUACUGUAAGUAGAGGGUUUGGCUCAAAUGUAAUUCACACUAUUAACACGCCCAGAGUGUUAACUUCAGCACCCAUUACAAAUGUUAUUCAAAUAGACGCUAACAAACCACCUGCUUCAGUAUUAUCAAUGGCCACUAUUCGACCACCGACUGUGCUGACCAAAUUAGAAUCUGCCAAUACUGGUAUUACAACUAGCACCCUUACAAAUGUCGUGAUGACGCCAUUGUUACUAAAAACAAGUCAUGCUCCUAGUAUUCCCCGAAUAAACAUAAAAAGCGAUAUGAGUACCGAUGUUCAUUCCUCAAUGAUAAUGCAAAAUCAUUUGACUCGUGACAAAGUAGAAAAAAUAAACGAUAAAGAAAUAAACUGCAAACCUGUAACGUCCACAAGCGAUGUGCAGGAUAAACAAAAAGAUAUAAUAUCAGCCAAACUACCAACCACGCCUAUAGAACUCAACGCUAAAUGCGAAACUGACUUUGAGGAGUUAUUAAAAGACACUACUAAUGAAAUUAAAGUAACCAAUGACCCAGAAAAGAAGUUAGAAAUCAAUGUAGGGAAAACUGUUGCUUUAUUCACUGAAACUCGCGAGAGACGUGACAGUAUUGAUUGUAUCAAGGACAUGCAAAGACCUGACGUCCUUACUCCUGAAUCAACAGCCUCUGAGGGGUCUGUGAGCUCCCAAAAAGAGAUAAAGCUCUUCAAUGAUGUUAUUGACAAAGAACAGAUAAAAAUUGGUAUCCAGGAAUCGCCCAUCGAUAAGAGUUUAAAUGAAAUAAAGAAAGAACCAUGUAAUGACACAAGUGAGAUGACCAAAAAAAUCAAUCCAAUAAAUGACAUCUUUAGAGCAUCGGAUAAUUUAUGUACAUUUCCUAAUACUAAUAAAAUCCCAGAAGGAAACAAACUUUCAUCGCUCCUUUUGCAAGAACCUAUCGAUAACCAGAUAAAAAGUAUUGACGAGAAUGAUUCAUGGAGUGCCAAAGACGUGAAUAUUGAAUCGGUUAUCAAGAAAGUUGAUUCUUUGUGCAACGAACCAUUUGAAGAAAAGAAAGAUGAAGUUAAAUCUGAGACAGACAUACAAUCAAAAACUGGUCCAAAUACUUCCAAUUCUUCAAUUGAGUCUAUGCCCCUGCCCAUUCUAGAAACCGUUAAACCCAUGGACACUGAAAUAGUUACAGAUAUGACAGAUGGCUUACUAAAUACAGAAAAAACUACUCCCAGUAAAAGAGGCGGCCGUAAUAUCAGGGGCAAACGAUACGAAAAGAACUUGGACAGAGUGCAGACUCGGCAGAUCUCCAAGCCGGCUCGGGGAGGAGCGGCAGCCAAGCGAGGAGGUAGAGGUAGAACGAAGGUCGACAAGAAAAUCAAAAAUGCACUCAACACUAUAUCUAAUAAUAUGCCUGGAGAUGUAUAUGACUUUCAUGAAGACUCUGGAGAUGAAUCUGCAACAUCACCUAAUAAAGCCGAAGCUCGUCCAAGACUAAUAUUAACAAUCAAAAGUCCAUUGGGUCAUUCAAAUGCAAUAGCUACGUCAACUCUUAGUAUUGGACAAAAAGAAGCGAUGAAAAAUACCGAAAAGACCGCGAAUAAAGAUGAAAAACAGGAAGACUUUGUUUCACCGUCUCCGAAUACACGGAAAUCUAGACGGUUACAGGAAAAAGACGUUCAACGUAGUACAGUCGACGACGUGAUAGACGACGUCAUAAAGGGUGGAACUACACCGACAAAAGCUGCCAAAGAGCCUAACAAAAAGAGAGCGACAAGGCAAACGGGUGCCAAGACGAAUCAGCAGGAUAAAACAACCACAGCUGACACCAGAAAAUCUCCUCGAGGUACGAAACGAUCUCGAGAUAGAAGUCUUUCUUUCUCUGAUGCGUCUAUGGAUAGCAGUGAUGAAAAGGUGACCAAGAAAGAGGACAACGUGAAAGAUCCCAAAAUACUGAAACUAGCCGAAACUUCGGCUACGACAAAGCCUGAAGCGGAGACUGAGAUCGCUAAACCUGCUAUCUUGCCGGUUCACAACCCACCGGCCACCUCGAUUGCGCACGCCGCAUGUCAGCCUGUCGUCGCCAGCGCGUCACUGCCGAACCACCUGCCGGUCGUCAACAGCGCUCCCAUUGUCCAGGGGUCAUCGACCGCUAGCAAAGCUCCAAGCAAUCCACCCGUCAUCAAUAGUCCAGCGGCUAGUGGCUCGCUCGUUAUCAACCCGCCCGUGGUCAAGCCGAACCCUCACCCCGCGCCCAUUCCCAUCAUGAAGCCACCGAAGAAGAUGAUAUCGGAAAAGCUGGCCAUCGAAUCUGCCGCCACCGCUACCGCGGCCUCCAGCAUGGAGAUCCAAGCGGACAAGGCGCCCUCGGGGGCGGACAAGCACGUCCUGCCGCUGCGCGAGGUCCGCCAGGAAGCGGAGAUGGCGGCCGCCACGGGCGAGGGCGACGCGUUCGGCCGCCGGCCGGACGGCGCGCCCGGCGUGCCCGGCGUGCCGGCCGCGCAGAUGAUGCCCGUGGGCGCCACCGAGGCCACGGACGAGCGCGUGCAGUCGCCCGCGCUGCCGCACCGCCUGCCCGGUUCGCACCGCCCGGCCGACCGAGCCACACCUGUACUCAUGAGGGCCGGCGAGGGCGAGGGCGCGGGGCUGCGGGCGCGCUACGGCAACGUGGCGAGCCUGCCGCGCGGCGCGCACCUGCCGCAGCCGGCGCCGCACUUGCCCGCCAAGCCGCCGCAGACCGCGCCGCCUCUACACCACCCUGGAGCCGCUUCCCGUGGCACCAUCACCUGCGUGCCGACCAUCAGUCCCCAGGGACAAAUAGCUUUGUCCGCCGAUUUAGUUAGAAGUCCUCCGCCUGCUCACCAACAUACUUCUCCAGUUACCCCGGUAUACCCUAAUAGCGACGGAAUGUAUCCGCACUUCUCGCCGCAGCAUUACCAGAUGUACCAACAACACUUCAGAGUUGCGCAGGCACAAGACACCCGGCCCACGCCCUCUCAAUAUCCAAGGGUGCUGGAGGCGGACGUGUCGGAGGCGCCGACGCCGCCGCUGGAGCUGCGGCGGCCGCCGUCCGCGCGCGUGCCGCGCCCCGCGCACUCGCCGUCGCCCGCCGACCGACAUAUCAUGUACGCCGUGGGCUGCGGGCGCUCGCCGCCGCCGGCGCACGGCGCGCGGCCCGCGGGCGCGCUGCCGCCGCCGCCCGGCCCGCCCAUCGCCAGCCAGGUGCCGCGCGAGGCCGACUCGCUGCAGAUGCUGCUCAGGCGCUACCCGGUGAUGUGGCAGGGCCUGCUGGCGCUGAAGAACGACUCCGCGGCGGUGCAGAUGCACUUCGUGGGCGGCUGCAUGGACGUGGCGGGCGACACGCUGCCGCGCCACACGGACGGCUCCACGCCGCCGCUGCGCAUCGCGCAGCGCAUGCGCCUCGAGCCCGCGCAGCUCGACCAGGUGCAUCGCAAGAUGAAGAUGGAAAACGAGCAUUGCAUUCUGCUGGCGCUACCUUGCGGGCGCGACCACAUGGACGUGCUGCAGCAGUCCACCAACCUGAGCGCCGGCUUCAUCACGUACCUGCAGCGCAAGCAGGCCGCCGGCAUCGUCAACGUCGCGCCGCCCGGACACCAUCAGGCUAUGUACACGGUGCACAUCUUCCCGUCGUGCGACUUCGCCAACGAGAACCUGAACCGCAUCGCGCCCGACCUCAUGCACCGCGUGGCCGACAUCGCGCACCUGCUCAUCGUCAUCGCCACGGCGCCGUGAGUGUCCCGCGCCGCCGCCGCCC